AUUUUCAUAACUAUUUUGUUCAAGGGUGGGUGUACUUAAUGCUAUGUGUUUGUUUAUCUUUUAGAAAUAUUUUACCAAAAUAAAUCUAGUAAUCGAAACAUUUUUGUGAAUUGACUUAAACAACUUUAAAGAACAAUAUGCCGAAAAAUAAAGGAAAGGGAGGUAAAAAUCGUAGAAGGGGUAAGAAUGAAAAUGACAGAGAGAAAAGAGAAUUGAUCUUCAAGGAAGAUGGUCAGGAAUAUGCUCAGGUUAUCAAGAUGCUUGGGAACGGCCGGUUAGAAGCGAUGUGUUUUGACGGUGUGAAACGACUCUGUCACAUACGAGGGAAAUUAAGAAAAAAAGUUUGGAUAAAUCAGGCAGAUAUUAUAUUAAUCGGUUUGCGAGAUUACCAAGAUGAUAAAGCAGAUGUCAUCAUGAAGUACAAUGCUGAGGAAGCCAGAAACUUGAAACUGUAUGGAGAGUUGCCAGAUUCUGCCAAGAUUAACGACAUGGAUAUGUUCAGUUCGAAUGCUGACGAAGGUGAAAUUAUGUUUGAUGAUGUCAGUGAAGCCGUCGCACCUCAGCAAACAGCUCGUGAUGAUGUCAUAACGUCUUCCGAGGAAGAAUCUGAAACUGAUGAAGAGGAAGAGAUUGUUCCACAGAAUUAUGGUCGAGAAACUAAACAGAAAGCCGGGAUAAACGUUGAUGCUAUAUAACAUUGACUUUCAACCCGGCCACUGAAGAUACAACAAAUAUUUUGAAAACUGCUUUUUGUAAAAGAAAUCUGUGCCUGCAUGCGUUCACCAGCUUUUUACGAAGUGAAACUCUGUUUAUAC